AUGUUUAGCAACGAGGACGUGACAAUAGGUGCGUGGAUGCUGGCAAUGAACGUCAACCACGAGAACCACAAGACCCUUUGUGCACCAGAGUGCUCACCGUACUCCAUUGCUGUUUGGGAUAUCCCAAAAUGCUCAGGUCUCUGUAACCCAGAGAAAAGGAUGUUGCAACUUCACAAGCUAGAUAGCUGCUCAAAGAGCCCUACUUUGCCAUCUGAUGAUGAAUGA